CGCGAUUUUGCCAAAGAAAAGAGAAGAAAAACCUCGCGCGACCACCUUUACUCCCCCACCCGCUAUCCCGCACCGACCUUCUCCUCUUCCUUCAUCCGCCGCGUGGCGUGCAGCCGUCCACCGCUCUCUCCCGGUCGCGAAUCCCUUCGCCGUGGAGCCAGGUCCCGUCGCCAUCCGCCGCGACUCCUGCCACUGCAGGAGUGCAGUCUCCAGAGCGCGGCUGCUUCGGCCGAGAAGUCGUCGGCAAGGGGCCUCUCCUUGGCUCCUUGCUGCUGACGGUGACCGACGUCGAUGCUGCAGCGUAGGGGUCUCUUGCGGCCGAGGGAUGUCGGCGUGGUGGAGGCGAGCGGUGUUUUGGAGGCGGUAAAGAUGAGCGGGCAGGGAGAUUUGGGGUCAGGUUUUUGGGUGCGAAGAAUGGAGGCGAACCGAUGGAAUGAAGAGAUUCCAGAAGGUUCUGGAGCUGUUGUGGAUGGCUCCCAUGGAUUCUGGAAGGUUUGAGAGGAGGGGACGACAACGUUCCUUUUCCUCUUUAUUUGUUGGGCGCCGUUCAAGAAAAUUCUUAGGUUUUACACAUUACAAAAGUAAAUUCAUCCUUAUAUAGCCAUUCAACAUUGUAAUUUCUUCGGGGAAUCAUAGGAAUUCAGGGUGAGGAUUUUGAUUCGUAAGGCGCAUAAGAGCUGUAGCGCCUUGGGAGAAAACUGGUUCGCCCUUGAAGCACAUAAGAAUUACAGGGGUUACUGAACAAGUGCGAUAGUUUUUUUAUUGCUUUAAUCUACAAGUCUUUUCCCAAAUCACUGGGGCCUAUACAAGUCUCAACAAUGUUCUCAGUGUUUUACAAACAAGAGAGGAGAAGAAGAUUAUCAAGUCUUUAUUAACAAAUUUGAGCCAUCAAAUAUAUUUGGGCUCACAGUUCAUAUGAAACAACUGUUUGUGGGAAAUAUGUUCCAAGAAAGAUAAAUUCAAUUGAAACAAGGCUUAAAUUUAGGCAUGCUGGCUGAUUUUCUGAUACUAAUGGAUGUAUAAGUGAAACUGCUAAGUUUAGUUGUCAUCUACAAUGUGUAUAACCUUCUGCAGAUGAAACAGCUGCAACCUUGAACAAUUUGUGAUUCCAUGAAACACCAUCUCUCGCUAUGUAGGCUUGUGCAUAAUAAAACUCCAUUCAUAAAAUGUGUGUGUGUGGUGAUCCAAUUGUUAUGUUUAGUUGUUUAUGCCUGAUGUCAGCUUUGUUCCUCCUCAAAACAACAAGAUCUGAGUCGCCAUGCUGAUGGAGCUUGGGGUUUCCGUCUUUGGGUAGGCUUGGUGGAGGCGUCGAUGACGAAAGAAACAAUGAGACAUAACGCUUUAGACAAUUCUCUAAUAUUUAUGAAAGUUUAAUAAUCAAUACAUAUAUAUAUGGCUUACAAAUUCGCUCGUGAUAUCUUUGAUUUAGUUUAUAUUAACUGAGAGCAAUGCACACGAUUAUUUGAUUUUUUUUAGUCUUCUUCCACUUCCGCAUUAUGCUAGGAAUGCAAUCAUGUAUGACAGUAUGAGUAAGAAAGUGAGCAAGUAUACUGGUAAAUAUUAGGAGACUUUUUUUAUAUUUAUUAUCAUAUAUUAGUUGAAAUAUGUCUUGAAGUAAGUUUAAUUUAAUAAUUAAUACACAGGAGCACGUGAGCUCAGAGUCAUAUAAUUGCACGGGCAACUUGGCAACAUUUUACUCCUACAGUUGUUGACCCUGGUUAGAGUUAUUGUGGUUAUCCUAUUCUUCACUUGGCGCAUGAAGCACCGGGACUCCGAUGCAAUGUGGUUGUGGUGGAUCUCGGUCGUUGGGGACCUGUGGUUCGGCGUAAGCUGGCUGCUAAACCAACUGACCAAGCUCAAGCCCAGGAAAUGCAUCCCCAACCUUUCCCUCCUGAGAGAACAAUUUGAACAGCAGCCUGUCGAUGGCUCCAGCUCUGGCCUCCCUGUCCUUGACGUGUUCAUUAACACUGUCGACCCAGUGGAUGAACCCAUGCUCUAUACCAUGAACUCUGUCUUGUCCAUCCUCGCCACCGAUUACCCAGCUGAGAAGCACGCCACCUACUUCUCUGAUGAUGGCGGGUCACUGGUGCACUAUGAGGGGUUACUUGAAACUGCAAAGUUUGCUGCAUUGUGGGUUCCAUUUUGCCGGAAGCAUUGCGUCGAGCCAAGAGCACCAGAGAGCUACUUCUGGACGAAGACGCGGCUCUAUGCCGGGAACGCCCCCGAGGAGUUCGUUGAUGACCAUAGGUGCAUGCACGUGGAGUAUGAAGAGUUUAAGGCACGAUUGGAUGCGCUUUCUACUGUCAUUGCGCAACGAUCAGAGGCCUGCAACCAUGCAAACACCAAAGUAAGGUGUGAAAAUGCAACUUGGAUGCUGGAUGGAACACAAUGGCAAGGCACCUGGGUUGAGCCAGCGACCGGGCAUAGGAAAGGACAUCACCCUGCAAUUCUUCAGGUCAUGUUGAAUCAACCAAGCAAUGAGCCUCAGCUCGGCAUGCCAGCAAGCUCUGACAACCCGCUAGACUUCAGCACGGUCGAUGUGCGCCUCCCAAUGCUGGUGUACAUCUCCCGCGAGAAGCGGCCGGGCUACGACCACCAGAAGAAGGCGGGCGCCAUGAACGUGCAGCUGCGUGUGUCGGCGCUGCUGUCGAACGCGCCCUUCAUCAUCAACUUCGACGGCGACCACUACAUCAACAACUCGCAGGCCUUCCGCGCAGCCAUGUGCUUCAUGCUGGACCGGCGUGAUGGCGACGACACUGCCUUUGUGCAGUUCCCACAGCGCUUCGACGAUGUCGACCCAACGGACCGGUACUGCAACCACAACCGCAUGUUCUUCGAUGCCACCCUGCUGGGCCUCAAUGGAAUCCAGGGCCCCUCCUUCGUUGGCACCGGCUGCAUGUUUCGCCGCGUCGCGCUCUAUGGUGCUGAUCCGCCUCGGUGGCAGCCUGACGACGACUCCAAGGCCUUGCAACAACACAGUCCAAACAUUUUCGGCACAUCGGCGGCGUUCGUCAACUCGCUGCCGAUGGCCGCUGACCAAGAACGUUCCGUCGCGACACCGGUGACGCUCGAUGAGGCGGAGCUGAGCGACGUGAUGACGUGCGCUUACGAGGACAGCACGGAGUGGGGCAACGGCGUCGGCUGGGUGUACAACAUUGCGACAGAGGAUGUGGUGACUGGCUUCCGGCUGCACCGGGCAGGCUGGCGGUCUAUGUACUGCGCCAUGGAGCCGGAUGCGUUCCGCGGCACGGCACCGAUCAACCUGACGGAGCGGCUAUACCAGAUCCUGCGCUGGUCGGGGGGGUCCCUGGAGAUGUUCUUCUCCCGCUUCUGCCCGCUCCUCGCCGGCCGCCGGCUCCACCCCAUGCAGCGCAUCGCCUACGUCAACAUGACAACCUACCCAGUCUCGACCUUCUUCAUCGUCAUGUAUGACCUGUACCCGGUGAUGUGGCUCUUCCACGGCCAUUUCUACAUCCAGAAGCCGUUCCAGACGUUCGCUCUGUUCGUUGCUGUCAUCAUCGCCACGGUGGAGGUGAUCGGCAUGGUCGAGGUGAAGUGGGCGGGGCUCACGCUGCUCGACUGGUUCCGGAACGAGCAGUUCUACAUCAUCGGCACGACAGGGGUGUACCCGACAGCGAUGCUGCAUAUCCUGCUCAGGUCCCUCGGCCUCAAAGGGGUGUCCUUCAAGUUGACAGCCAAGAAGCUGAUGACGGCCGGCAGCGCUAGGGAGAGGCUUGCAGAGCUGUACGACGUGCAAUGGGCGCCUCUGCUGGCACCCACGGUGGUGGUGUUGGCUGUGAAUGUGGCCGCAAUUGGCGCGGCGGUGGGAAAGGCAGUUGCCUGGCGAUGGUCGACCGUGCAGGUUGCCGAGGCAGCGACCGGGCUGACGUUCAAUGUGUGGAUGCUGCUGCUGCUCUACCCCUUCGCGCUUGGGAUCAUGGGGCUCUGGAGCAAGAGGCCGUAUGUCCUCUUCGCCUUGCUCUUGGCCGCGGUCGCUGCCACCGCCUCGGUUUAUGUCGUUCUGGUUGGCUCCGUGCCGGAUUUCCUCUCUUCUCGGGAUCUUGGCUCCAUUCCAUCUAGUAAGCUAGUUUGAAUUUUGUUGAGUAGGGCUGCAUGCAGGCCUGUGACAGAUCUGCGUCAAAGGCUCUAAACAGCUUGUGUUGUAGUAAUAUCAGUGCUCUACCGGAUACAGAUUGCGCCAUCUGGGUGAUAUGCUUAUCUGAAGUCUCAAAUGAAUGCCAGGAUGACUCGGGGUUAGCCCCCGGUUUCUGCACC